AUGAAUGGCAUGCAUACUCUCGGCGGGGUCAUCAAGGAGGUCGUGGUCAAGGGUGUGCAGGGCCUCCGCAUUGCCAAGGCAAGCACCCGUCUGAGGCAAGCAGUGGCUGACUACAAUCAGAACAAGGGCCCAAACCCUGGCCGUGCUGAUGGUGCCCAGCUGGCCAGGAUCAGGGCCGCACUGCAGGAAGUCGUACGGGUGACACCAGCGGCUCUCACGUCUAGACUCCAGCGCCUUACCGGUGCAGGGAAGGCCGCCAAGACGCACACUUACUUUCUGCUUGCCGGUCCCAUCGGCUUGUACGUCAUCACAUCUGCACGAUUUCCUGAGCCUGUACAGGAGGCAUACCUGCGGCUCCUUCAGGCAUGUGGCGACUUGUGGCAGAAGGUGUUAGAAGGGGGUGAGGUGGACGCCCUUGAGCAGCGCGUGGUGGAGGCUGUAUGCCUAGUCGAGCUUCGUCUGUCCGUGAAUGAGAUGGACAUAAAGCUGCACAACCUGUUGCACCUGAUGUGGGAUACCGCACACACACUGUACUGCACUCCUGGCACUCCUGCCUCCCAAGGGCCCCUUUUUGCGGCAUCCAUGUUCCCGCCGGAGAGUAUCUGGGGCCAGCUAGGCCGUUGGGUGCACAGCAAGGUGCACAUGGAGCCCUGCAUGUUCUUCAACAUGUUGGACAAGGAGGUUGUGCUGCAUCUGAGGGUGUCAACUGCAGCACCCCCAGCAGCUGACAGCGAAACAGCCCCUGUGCCGCUAACAAUGUGGCAGCCUGAGGACUUUCUUCUCCGCCGUGAGCACCCAGCUUACCUGGGCCGGGUGGAGCGGAUCAACACACUCAGUGGCUCGCAACUGGCCUCAUUACAGAGUUUUUACAACCUGUACAGGCCGGCAGCUGCUGAAUGGCCAGCCAACUGUGUGAUUGAGGCGACAGCCAAGUUCCUCCGCUGGGCCUGGGCUGACCUGCUGGCGCUGGAAGCUGGAAAUGGUUUCUCUCUCGUCCUGCCCCUGAGGAUCCAACCAUGUGGUUUGGGAGGGUGCAGGGCAUCAUCGCUCAUGUUGGACCCGACGGCCGAGAGCGUGCUGGAUCGCAGGUCCUCCUGGCAAGGCACUGGCAUAUCACCCGCCACCUGCCACCAUAUCCACGUCUGUGAGAAUCUGUGCCUGGUAUGCAUGCAUGCAUGGAGAGGGUUCGGGGUCGAGGAUCUGGACCAUACUAACUGGGCCAUUGGCAUGCGAUACACGUGUGGCAUGUGGCAUAUGCCCGUAUACCGCAUUAUGGGAGGGAAGGAGGCGGCAAGGGAUAGAGGUGGCAGGGAAGGAGGCGGCAGGGGAAGAAGGCGGCAGGGGAAGAAGGCGGCGGGGAAGAAGGCGGCAGCCGCCCCUCAGCGGCCGUUUGCCACAAGCCUGCAGCUGGCAGAGCCUGGUGCGGAGGCGUCUGCGAUUGACCGGUGAAGAAGGGAAAGGGAAACUUGUUAAUCCAUGAUUGAUUUCUUUUCAGAACUAGCCAGAGACACAAUGGAUUUCAAGCUAAAUUGCAUUCCCCAAUCCACUUCGAACU